AUGGUCACAGGGGCUGUAAUGUUUGUGCUGGGAUUCGCAGGCUGCAUUGGAGCUCUACGGGAGAACACCACACUUCUGAAGUUUGUUUCGGUCUUCCUGGGGCUGAUCUUUUUCCUUGAGCUGACUGCAGGGAUCCUUGCCUUUGUGUUUAAGGACUGGAUUAAAGAUCAACUCAACUUCUUUAUUAACAACAAUGUGAAGGCGUAUCGCGAUGAUAUAGACCUGCAAAACCUCAUUGAUUUUGCUCAGGAAUAUUGGUCUUGCUGUGGUGCUCAUGGACCCAAUGACUGGAACCUCAAUAUUUACUUCAAUUGUACAGACUCUAAUCCAAGCAGAGAGCGCUGUGGAGUCCCAUUUUCCUGCUGUGUGAAGGACCCUGCAGAGGAUGUUCCCAAUACUCAAUGUGGAUACGACGUGAGGCUGAAGCUGGAGUUGGAGCAGCAGACUUAUAUUUACACCAAGGGAUGUGUGGGCCAGUUUGAAAAGUGGCUACAAGACAAUUUAAUAAUAGUAGCUGCAGUUUUUGUGGCAGUUGCAUUAUUACAGAUUUUUGGAAUCUGCUUGGCUCAGAAUCUAGUUAGUGAUAUAAAAGCUGUGAAGGCAAACUGGUGA